AUCCAAGCCCCUUCCUCUCACCGUUUUCACGGACCUCACACAUAAAUAUUCCAUGUGAACUUCCAUUGGAUAUUUGGAUAGUGUCACUCUGGAAUUCAAUUCAUUGCGCAUCUCACACAAUCACCACCCCCACCGCACACUCUCUCUCUCCGCACCUAUAUAGGAGUAGUACUCUCACUACUCACUCCUAGGAGGAAAAAUCACGCACUUGCAUUUGGCAACAUCCGAAGCAAAAGAAUCUACAGUCUAGUAAGUGAGAGAGAGAGAGAGAGAGAGAGAGAGAGAGAGAGAGAGAAUGUCAUCUGUGGUUGGGUUUGCUUCUCAGGAAAGCAACGGCCACGAGGACGGAAACGAGCGCUUCGAUUUGCAUCAGAUUCCCGAUACAACGGUCACAAAUCUCUCACUUCCCGUCGAGACCUUUCUCAGAGCGGCCAUCUCUCUCAAGGACCAGGUGGUACAAGUCACGUGGGAGGGACGCGGCAAUAAUAUUGCCGACCCCACCGUCUACAGUGGUUUGCUUGGGACAGCUUUCGCCUGCUUGCGGUCGUACGAGGCUAACGGUAGUCACCUGGACCUGCUGUUGUGCGCCGAGAUCGUCGACGCCUGUGAUUCCGUUGCUCGUAACUCCACCAGGCAUGUGACAUUUUUGUGUGGAAGAGGUGGAGUUUAUGCGCUUGGUGCUGUGGUUGCAAAUAUCAGGGGGGACCAUCACAAACGUGACUUGUUUCUGGAUCUCUUCAAUGAGGUUGCACAAGAAAGAGCCCUUCCUGUUGGCCCUGAAGAAGGAGGUUUCGGAAUGUCAUACGAUCUUCUUUAUGGGCGAGCUGGGUUUUUGUGGGCUGCUUUAUUCAUAAACAAGCACCUCGGACAGGAUACAGUUCACAAUGACCUCCUUGCCCCAAUUGUUGAAGCAGUUUUAGCAGGAGGCAGAGCUGGGGCAUCUGACAACACAGCAAGCCCACUGAUGUAUAGAUGGCACGGAACAAGAUAUUGGGGUGCCGCCCAUGGUCUCGCGGGUAUAUUAAAUGUUUUGCUUCAUUUUCCACUCUCCGAGGAGGAUGCGGAGGAUGUGAAAGGUACGUUACGAUACAUGAUGAGUAACAGGUUCCCUCAUAGUGGAAAUUACCCAUCAAGUGAAGGGAACCAGAGAGACAAGCUGGUAGAAUGGUCUCAUGGAGCUACUGGCAUGGCCAUCACCUUGUGCAAGGCAUCACAGGUAUUUGCCACCGAUAGGGAGUUCCGUGAUGCCGCCAUUGAAGCUGGAGAAGUAGUUUGGAAAAGCGGGUUGGUGAAGAAGGUAGGACUUGCCGAUGGUGCGGCUGGAAAUGCCUAUGCUUUCCUUUCCCUCUACCGCCUAACCGGAGAUGUUGUAUACGUAGAGAGAGCCAAGGCCUUCGCAAGCUUCUUGUACCAUAAUGCAAGGAAAUUACAGUCUCGGGGAGUUGUACAUAAUUACUCUCUUUUCCAUGGACUCGCUGGAACUGCUUGCCUGUGGUUCGACUUGCUUGCACCCGAAAACUCGAAGUUCCCCGGGUACGAACUUUAGCCCGCCUGGAAGGCACAAAUUCUUUCACAUCGGAACCGCUCAUUGGAGAACCUUGUGUAUAGCCUAGAGAAGGACGAGUAUAUAUGUAUUGUAUAACAUGUUUUUAUUUUAUAUGUAUUGUAUAACAUGUUUUUAUGAUAGUACGAAUUGGAGUGGGUUUAAAUUA